UGUACACACGGCCACUCGAUUCAGUUUGUUAGUCCAAGCGGCUUGAGAUGUGUGGACGCACCAAACAGGCCAGCCCCCAACCUCCUUCAACAUAAUCAUCUUCAUCACCAUCAUCAGUCGUGUCGCUGCAAACGCUAACUUUGACCUGUUGCGCUUGAAACAAGUCGCGCAUCUCCGUUAGACUCGCCACCAGCCGAGUUAUUGGCAAAUUGGUCCAAACCCGUUCUGUUUGUUCAUGUGCUUGUGCCAUUAACACUGAAUUUGCUGAAUCGUCAUAUCGAGUGCCGCCAUCUUCGUGUGUGUUGCUCCUACCUCCCAUUUUUGCCUACCUAAUUCAUCUUCAUCAUUUCCCAAACUAAUCGUCAACACAGUUUAUGAUCGUGUCAGGCUUUGUCAACAAAAACUCUGAUUCAAGUUGGGACAAAUGCGGACAUUGGUCGCGUGUACUUGGUGAAGUUGUUGAUCGCUUCAAAGUGAAACUACACAUACCCUACGUGUACGUGCGUUGAUUGUAGGUCUACUUGUGAAGAAUUAAAACCGCAUCCAGCUGGGAUUCCCGCCAUUCAAAUACAGAUUUGUUAAUAUCCGAAAGUAUUUCAUUUUGAAAUACGAUCGCAUAUAGAGAAUUACUGUCACUGCAUAGUUAACUCUUCAAUCGUUCGUUCCAAUGUUGUCCGAAAAUAUGUUGCCACAAAAACUGCAGUAUUCAGAGACGGGUGGCUCGGGCCCCAGUCCGACGUCGAUAGGCUCAUCAAUGGCGAUGUGCCAAACGACUAUGGUGCCAUCCAUGUCGUCGAUGGCCUCGGCGUAUUCCUUGAGUUCAGCCGCUGCAGCUGCCGCCGGCAUGAACGGAAUGGGCAUGACGUGUAUGAACAUGAGCACCAUGGCUUCGUGUUCGCCGCAGACAUCCGCCGCAGCCGCCGCCGCAGCCGGAUCGUCCGUUUUCGGAAUGACUGGCUUAGGAGGCAACGGCGGAGGUGGCCAGCAAGGGCACACGUCUAUGAAUAACGCCACUUGUAUGUCACCCGGCAUGAGCGUCGCUGGCUCCUACACUAUGCGUAGUGGCAUCGAUUCCGGAAUGGGCCAGUGCAUGUCUUCCGGUUUCAGUGGAGUGCCUUCAACUAUGGGCACUUCACUGGGCAACACGUCGACCGCAGGGCGUUCCAGCGGCGAUCUGACGUCGCCUAGUGACCCGAGCUUGCGAGGCGGUGCCACUAACGGCGGUGCUGGCGUCGGUGCUGGCGUCGGAAACAACGGCGCUGGUGGCGUCAGUGGUAACGCGACGACCGGCAGUCGCAAUGACAAAACGUAUCGCCGGAGCUACACGCACGCCAAGCCACCUUACUCCUACAUCUCGCUCAUCACGAUGGCCAUCCAGAAUUCGCCGACAAAAAUGCUGACGUUGAGCGAGAUCUAUCAAUUUAUUAUGGACCUGUUUCCGUUCUACCGACAGAACCAACAGCGCUGGCAAAACUCGAUUCGACAUUCGCUGUCGUUCAACGAUUGCUUUGUUAAGGUACCGCGUACACCCGACAAGCCAGGAAAAGGUUCCUUCUGGGCCCUUCAUCCCGAAUCGGGCAACAUGUUUGAAAACGGCUGCUACCUUCGCAGACAGAAGCGUUUUAAAUGUGACGCCAAGAAGGAAUCAUGCCCGGGGGCUGUAUCCAGCAUCGGUUCAAGCCGAUCGAAUCACAAAAGCGAAGGGUCUCAUAAGAAGGUGCCAUCCGACGGGAGACAUCAACUUCAAAGCGGCCACGACAGUAGCAGCGAUGACGACAUGAUCGACGAUUGUCAAAUGAAAGAAAGGGUUUCCAAUCACCGAUCUAUGAUUCACCAUCACAAUGGCAAUUUAAUCGGGGGUCAGCUGAUGUCUGAAGAUCUCCACCAGCACGGGCUGAAAGUCAACGGUGACAAACGAACCCCCUUGUCGAGCAAUCAUCACAGUUCGUUGCAUCAAGAGUCGACAGUUUUGCCUGCAAUGCUGCAUCACGACGACGGGCUGGAGACGAUGACCAACGACCCGGAGACCGUGAUUCCAACGACGGUGCCCCAGCAUGGCAUGGUGUGCGACGAUCGCUAUGAAAAAUACAAGACGUACGACAAGUACGACCCCGGAGCAAUGGAGUUCAACGCGCUCUCGCAACGCUAUCUGGCCGGUGACAUGGGCAUUGGCGGCCAGGGUCAACUGCUCGCCCCAUCAAUUGGUCUUCAUGGGCUGAAAGACGCAACGGCUUACACAUUAGCGUCGCAUCCAUUUUCAAUUCAGAGGCUUCUUCCCGGAACAACCGACCCCAAAUCCGACGUCAAAAUGUUUGACAUGGGGCCGUACGGAGGUUAUGCGACGCUUGCUCCAGGCCAUGGCCAAGGAUCUUUGCACCAUGACAACACCAAUUACUACCAGGCCUCAUUUUACCACCAGAAUAUGCAUCACCACAACAGCCAAGCCCAUCACGCCAAUCACCACCAUCACCAUCACGGUGGACAUCAUGGUUCUACGACAUCGCCCUCCACUUUAUGACAAUUAUGAGGUGUGUCCAUUGCGAAAACAGAACGACCAGCACUUGUCUCCGCAAAAGGGCAGCGAUCGUUCACUGAAACAAACGCAUUUGGCCUACGCUCCCCGAGUAUAAAGCACGGCAGAUCUGGGGAGAUGUAUGAGGCAGCUUGAUGCCACUAAUUAUAUAUAUACAGUAUACAGGGUAUCGGCAUUGUAUGGGUGUGCAUUCGGUGAGGGGUGAAGAAACGGUUUUGAACGAAAAAAACAAAAAAAACAAAAACAAAACAAAACAUGUAAAACUGAAGUGCAAUAUGCGUCGCACAUGCAAAAUCCGCACUAUUGUAUUGUUCGUACAUGGAAAGAAAGAAUGUUGGACUUGCAUCGAUGGUUGUUUGCAGUACAGUAGGUCUAUAAGACGAUGACAAACGAAGCCGUCAGCUGUUGAGCCGUGUACGCUAUACAUUAACGGAAGUGUACAGACAGGCCAAUAUAGUCUCAGAACCUAUAUCGUUGACGAAAUUGUUUAUAAUUUUAUAUAUCCUUUCUCUUUGAUAGACAUAUUAGGCAAAAUGCUAACCCAAAUGCACAAGUUGGAUUCUCUUCCUCUUAUUAUAAUUUUUUUCCCUUACCACAUUGUUCGUUUCUCUCCUGAUCUUCAGACAAGAAACAAUUUCUUUUCAUUGACAUUUUCUCUUAUUAAAAACCUUUGAUCCCAAUUGUAUUUUUUGUUUUUCAUUUUCUGCGUCGUUAACGACUUAUGUGAUAGGCUUUUGUUUAUGUUUAGAGUGCCGCAUCCUCGAGCAACCAACUACAAUUUUUGUGUGUGCGCUUGAGGCUCGUGAGAACUCGAUUGUUGAAGUAAUGACAUGGAAAAGUGUGAACAUUUAGAUCGUGCAGAGGACAAUAAACCUCGCUUUGAUAUAAUUCAGUUUGUAAAUACAACAUAGAAUACAAAUAAAUAUAGUAAUAGUCUUGUAUGUGGACGUGCUUGACGUUUGUUCAUCGACAGUAAAUCCAUAUUGUAUGCAGUUUAUUAGGUCUCCACUGAUGGUUCAAGUGCAUUCCUCCUAUAUACCACAAAUUAAAUUUGAUGCCCAUGUUGUCUGUCACCGAAUAUUCGAAGCUUCAGAGGCCAAUGGUUUGUGAACGACCAUAUAGGCUGCAUAGGUUUAACGAGGCCCAGGGUUGGUUGUUAUGUUUCUCGAAGUUGGCCCAGCAAAAUAUAGAAUGGAAGCCAAUCUCAAUGGGUUUGACACUGUAACAAAUGCCACAUCUAACUAUUUUGUGAAGGACGAAAUUUCAUUUGUUGUUAUCCUGUUAAAAUUGUCUCUCCGUGCUGUUGCAAUGUCAUUUUAUUUUUAAAUAUGUCGACCCUCCGUCGGCCUUGUGCUCCUCCCUACCGUGUUCGCUAUUUUUUCCCGUUCACUGUGUGUGCAGAUUUGGAUUGUACAACUAUAUAUGAAGUAAUGCAUGUAUACAUGCGUGCGUACGUGCUCGUUUGGCCUGUGCACCACUGUGAGGAAAUCUGUUACGUGUAAAAUAAACCAGUGGAAAAUCGGA